AUGAAUACCAACCUAGAUGUGCUCGAGGGUGAUCACCGAAAUGCUCUGGAUCGAGCGGUGACCAAUAUUCUGAGCACGAAAGGAGCUGAGCUCGCAUAUGCUCAAAUGCUCGAUGGUCUACCUACACAAGACUCUCUCUGGGACAGCUUCCGUUUUGUUGAGGAUCACCCCGUUGAAACUAUCGGGCACUCCGAAAUCUGUCCGGGAUUUAUUGAGAAGGCCCGCGAACAUAGAUUGCAGUUCGAGCUUGGUCGACUUGAUUUCGAAACAAAGGCAAAGCUUGUAGCUAUCGCUUGUCAUCAAAUUGGCGCCUACAUCUACGAUCUCGAUGAAGGGGCACAUAAAAACAAGCUCUACCAAGACUGGAGAAACAAGGUUUUGAAAGAAAAAGAACAAGACGUAGAAGAGCGGAGGUUCUAUAACCCACCUCCUACCGCGUUUGCUCAUACAUCAUAUCGAUAUCCUGAGCAAUACCCAAGAGGUCUUGCUGACGUAGCCGGAUACUGGGCUGAGUCCAAGAUCUUUGGUGGUGUUGUGGUUUUUGAUCGAGGCGAGACGGAAGAGGAGUGCAAGUCUAUGUGGAUUCACGGUGAUUUAAUCAAUGGCCCAAUGACGCUCUAUCCCCCAACAAAAGAGCAGUUUGACUCUCUGAUAAACUUCCUCAUGUCACCUCCAGAGUCCAUUGCAGAAUGCCCGCUUCCCAUCCAUGGAACAAAGAUCAACCGACCUCGAUGGCACCCCUGGCAUGCUUUUGCAGAGUACCACAUCUUCCGAGAUCGUUAUGAGAGGAAAUUACUUCCACAGCCACCGCGGCAGGGGUGCAUUCAAGAUUGUACUGACUGGCCAGAGUAUAGCGAUCGGCAAGUUCUGGUGUUUUAUGGGCAUGUAAAUGAUCAGGGUGAACCUUAUGUGACCGAGGAAGAAUGCGAUGCAGCGGAGGAGAGGAUACGGAAUAUUACGCCCUCUUCGCCGUUGUGGAGAACAUUCGGCGAUAGGAGCCUAUAG